AUGAGGGUGGCGCUCCGCACCCCACUACGGGCUCUCAGUCUCGAGCCGAUGCCCAUCGUCCGAUAUACACCGAGUUAUUCGUUGAAGGACUUGCCCUUGAGGCGUACUGUAACGUACGCGUCCACUCGUCGAUAUGGACAUAGUUCAUCGCCGUUGACUACCACAGUCAAACCGUCUUGGCCCCGAGCACCCUUUUCAACGAGGACCUCUGUCUUGAACGAAUCGCAACAGGCGGCCGGCGGUCAAGGGAAACAAUCUGGAACUGGUAAACCAGGGAAGAAAUGGAUCAAAUAUGGAGUUAUCGGAGGAGUGAUCUUGGUCGGAGCUGUGACAUUUUCCAGUGAUGCUAAACAUCUUUACCGCGCGGCGGAGCGAACAGGAAGAGUUGUUGGCACCCUAGCUGUCUGUAUCAACGACUACCGAGUGACCCUCAAGCAAGAAUAUGCAACCCCCGAAGAACGAUGCGAUGCGAUCCACGCCUGUCACAAGCGUUGCGCUGAGCGUACCCUGCGCGUACUGGAAAAGAACGGAUCCAUUUUCAUCAAGCUGGGACAACAUUUGAGCAGCAUGGGCUACCUCCUCCCACUCGAGUGGACAACGACCUUUAUUCCUCUACAAGACAAAUGUCCCGUUUCGUCGAUCGAGUCGAUCGAGGAGAUGUUUGUUGCAGACACCGGCAAGCGGAUUGAUGAACUGUUUGAAUCAUUCGAGCCGACGCCCAUUGGCGCUGCUUCCCUGGCACAGGUUCAUAUUGGAGUCCUGAAGAAAACGGGCCAGAAGGUUGCGGUCAAGGUACAACAUCCGGCGCUGGCGGAAUGGGCGCCGCUGGACCUGGCAUUGACGCGGUUUACGUUCUCGAUGCUGAAGCGCUUCUUUCCUGAAUAUGAUCUGGAGUGGCUGUCAAAGGAGAUGGACCUCUCGCUGCCACAGGAAUUGGAUUUCCGCCUAGAGGCGCAAAAUGCUAUGAGAGCUAGUGAGCACUUUAAGCAACAUUCGGAUGCUCCGCUGGUCAUCCCAGAAGUCAUCUCGGCGCAGAAACGUAUUCUAGUUAUGGAGUUUUUGUCCGGUCACCGACCGGAUGACCUAGAGUUCCUGGAUUCCAACGGUAUCGACCGUGAUGAAGUUUCCGCAGCGCUAGCUCAUAUUUUCAACGAGAUGAUCUUCGGCGACAAUGCCCCAUUACAUUGCGAUCCUCAUGGUGGCAACAUUGCCAUUCGCAAGAACCCUAAUCGCAGCCGUCACAACUUCGACAUCAUCCUCUACGAUCAUGGUCUUUACCGUGAUAUUGCUCGUGAGACACGCCGCAACUAUGCGAAGCUCUGGCUAUCUGUCAUCGAAGCAGAUGAAGCCCGCAUGCGAGAGUACUCUCGCAAGGUGGCUGGCGUCACAGACGAGCAGUUCCCCCUUUUCGCGAGCGCGAUCACUGGCAGGGAUUAUACGGUCCUGACGAGAAAGGACAUCGCUUCAGCCCGCACAGCAGCUGAGAAGGAAAGCAUCUCCGGGGCCCUCGGAGAGGGCAUGUUGCAGCAGCUGGUAGAGCUUCUGGGCCAGGUGCCGCGAAUCAUGCUCCUAAUUCUGAAGACAAAUGACCUCACCCGCAGCUUGGACGAGAACCUACACACUCGACAGGGCCCCGUCCGCACCUUCCUCAUCCUCGCCCGCUAUGCAACCCGCACAGUCUUCGAGGAAGCGAUCGAAACCAUUCACGAAAACGGCGGACUGCUGCGUCCGUCUAAUUUCUGGCAGUUUCUCUGCGCCUGGACAAAGUUCCUCCGCGUGGAGCUGAAGCUCUCCGUGUACGAGACCGUGCUGACGCUGAAGAGCCGCGUGGGACUUGUGUAA